AUGAAAUCUGUAUUUGUUGCUCUUGCCUUCUUGGCUGUUGCCGCCGCUGUUGAGGAUAUUGUCCAAAUCCUCAGGCAGGAAGCUGAUGUUGGUUUCGAUGGAACUUACAAACACGCUUUUGAAACCUCCGACGGAAUCGUCGUCGAAGAACACGGAGUCCUGAAGAACGCCGGAUCCGAAAACGCUGCUGUAGAAGCUACUGGUUCUUAUGAAUUCACCGCUCCAGACGGAAUUAAAUACGCUCUUCAUUACGUUGCCGAUGAGAACGGUUUCCAACCACAAGCCGAUUUCUUACCAACCCCACCACCAGUCCCACCAAUGAUCCAAAGGGCUCUUGACUACAUCGCAGCUCACCCACAACAACUUCCACAUGGAAAAGUAUUUGUCGCUUGCGCCGUUUUGGCUUUUGCCUCCGCCAUCGCCGCUGAAGAAAUGGUCGAAAUCCUCAGACAGGAAGCUGAUGUAGGUUUUGAUGGAACCUACAAGCACGCUUUCGAAACCUCCAACGGAAUCGUUGUCUGA